GCGCGAUAAAACAGCGCCAAAAAGCGGCAUUCAAUCAGGUCAGAUUUGGGCAUUUUUCUGAGGACAAAAAAAGCCGGACAAGAAAAUCCAUUUUUACCCCCCAACCAAGGAAACCAAAUCACUCUGCGUGGUAUAAAACCCCCCAACCCACCUUUCCUGUUCCCAACUCUCCCACCUCACUCCCCCAUUCCCGAAAACUACCAACAACCAAAACAAAGCUGCAUCAUCAAUUUGUCCAUCGCGACAAUCAAUCAUCAACACUUUAAUCAACUUCAUUCUCACUCAAAUUCAUCAACAUGACUGGACGCGGAAAGGGAGGAAAGGGUCUUGGAAAGGGCGGUGCCAAGCGUCACCGUAAGAUUCUUCGUGACAACAUUCAGGGUAUCACCAAGCCCGCUAUCAGGCGUCUGGCUCGCCGUGGCGGUGUCAAGCGUAUUUCUGCCAUGAUCUACGAGGAGACCCGUGGUGUCCUCAAGUCCUUCCUCGAGGGUGUCAUCCGUGACGCCGUCACCUACACUGAGCACGCCAAGCGCAAGACCGUCACUUCGCUUGACGUCGUCUACGCUCUCAAGAGGCAGGGCCGCACCCUGUACGGUUUCGGUGGUUAGAUGGGGAGAACUUUAUUCACGAGCAUGUCGUUUUUUGCAUUUUUCGCGUUCGG